GUAUUGGAGCAGCUCUGAUGCAGGAGUGUGCAAAGUUGGCCCGAGGGGAAGGAUGUACUAGCAUGACGUGGCAAGUGAUGGACUGGAACACUAAAGCAAAAGGAUUCUAUGAGAAUAUUGGUGGAAAAAUUAAAAAAGACUGGCUAACAAUGACUCUAAUAGAGCCAGAGCUGGGAAACCUUGCAACUUCAACAAGAAAUAGU